AUGAUUCGCCCCCAGCUGAGGCAGAUCUCUCUGCGCUGUGAGCGUGUGAAACUGGGUCUUUUCACGCCCGCGCGCCAAUUCUCCUACACCCGUACGGUGGCAGAGGAUCAACCCCGGCCAUCUGCACCAUCUGGAAAUGGCAGACAUAAUCCUCGUCCUUCGUCGGCUGCCCCCAACCGCCGACCUCACAACCCAAAUGGGCCCCCUCGCUCAAACCCGAAUUACACUCGCCCCCCUCGGGUGAUUGACGCUAGAUCGUUUGCCGCGUCAAAGGCCGGUGGUGGAGAGCAGCCCAAAAUCAUCCGCAGCCCCAGAACCCGCGGCGGUCCUCCCGGUGGUCGUCCCGGCGUUCGUCCAGGUGGUCGUCCAGGCGGUCAAUCCAGCGGUCAACCUUUCAAGCGUAACGCCAAACCAUUUGUCAAGGGAAAAGGCAAGGGCAAGGGAAAAUUCCCUCGACGCAAGCGUGAUUCUGCCGAUGGCGACCAGGGCGAAGAAGACGCCAUGGGGAAGCUCAUCGAGCAAGUCCAGCAGCAACAAAUCGUCGAUGCCCGACCCACUCCUGUUCGCUACGAGCCACAGGAAGUCAGUCUCUCUUCACUGCGCAUUACGUGGCCCAGAAUCCCCACAGACUCCAAUGCUCGCUCAGCUGCCGUUUACCAGGAGCUCUCUCGCCGCGGUGGCCGGAUUGCGGGCGGUUACCUCUCGACCCGUGAGCUCGGACGCAGACUUUACGAGAAGCGAACAACCGUUUUCCACAGCGAGACUGAAAAGGCCGAGGCCCUGAAAGAGGCCGAACGCGUGAGCCAACGCUAUGCCAACAUGCACUCACGGCGUCUUGGUAAACUUUGCGAGCCCAAAGAAAUCUCUUUCCUCAACCACACGCCCGAGAACCGUGACAUGCAGAAACAUGUGCAGCCGCUCGUUCAUGGUGUCUACCCUCACGCUGGAAACACGCCAAGCUACGAUCAUCGUGAGCUGAGCAGGGCGCAAGACAGACUCAGACAAAAUGCGACCUUUAGCCUGCAUCAAUCUCAGGACUUUGUGAGGAAGCUGAAUGAUCUCGUUAACCCGGGAAAAAAGCUUGUUACGGGCCAAGUGGCCAAGGAGAGCCCCAAGAAGAUUGUUCAAUGA